GCUGCAGCUGCCCCUAACCCAUCAUCAUCAACAACAACAACCUACUCCGCCAGGUUUGUGAGGGAUCAUGAACACCGACGUGUUGCAAACUGCACGUACCAUCAAGAAGAGACGCUGACGCGCCACUGUAACUCAUCUCCCAUCAACACCACUCGUGCAUUCAUCGGCAGCAGAAUACCUUCACGCCAACUGCACCUACCAUAAAGAAGAAUAGCCUUCCAUUUGGUUUUCAUUCCGGGGACUGGUUCGUCAGGGCUCUUAAAUCUACUAAAACAACAGGAUGGCUGCAAAGGUGGAAGUUCCUUUUACAAAGCAGAUGCGAGAUGUUACCAGAGAAAUCCACAACAUUAGUGAUACCCUAAUAAAUGCUAAGCUUGGAAUAGCUAUGUCAAAUGACCGUGUGUGGGCCGAGGGUCUUUUAAUAUUUUAUGAGGUUUUCCAGUACCUUGAAGGGGCUCUUGAACGUCAUUCACACAGUCUGAUUGGAGAGCUGGAUAUUCCUGGUAUUAGACGUACUGAAGCAUUUGAAAAGGAUUUGUCAUAUUAUUUGGGUGCUGACUGGAAGAAAGAUUAUACCCCACGAGAGAGUGUUUGUCAAUACCUGAAACAUCUAGAAAAGCUAGAAAACGAGAACCCUUACCUCUUGAUGGCCUACAUUUAUCAUUUGUACAUGGGACUCCUUUCUGGUGGGCAGAUAUUACGGCGUAAGAAAGUUCUUCUACAAAAGCUCAGGUUCUCUCGCAAGGAUACAUUGGAGGGAAUGGCAGUAACAGAAAUCACUGAUGGAUCAGUGUCCAAGAUUAAAAAGCAAAUGACAGAAGCCAUGAACCACAUUGCAGGAGAAAUAGAUGAAGAUAUACGACAGAAACUUUUGGAAGAGAGCAAGGUGGUGUUUAUUCUCAAUAAUAAAAUUGUUCACUCCAUAGAGGGAGCUGGAGCCAUUGUUACUGUAAAACUUAUCAAACUAGGAGUCUUUGGAGCCUUAACAGUACUACUUUUUACUUAUCUUAGAAAAUUGUUGACUGGUUAGAAUUCAGUUAUAGUUUAAACUCUAGGGAUGUGCCAUUAUGGUUCCAAGGCAUAAAAAAGUGUGUGAACAAGUUAUGUAGGAAACACCAAGAAACUUAAAUAAACUUUAAUGAAGCUAAAUAGCUUUAAAAAUAUGUAACAUUAUGAAAUGUUGAAGUAUAUUAGCUGCCAUUUGUGCUAGUUUCAAUCAGAAUAACAGAUUCCUUGUAGUGGCAACAAGCCUGUUUAAGAGACAUUUGUUGCUUCCCAAUAUGUCAUGUUCCACUAGCACAGUGCUGGGUGGCAAAAAUAGUGUAACUAGUACAAUACUGUAUUAGCUAAAUAGUCUUUUAGGGUUGGUGUCCUUUUUUUGCUGGAUGGUGCUAAAAAUGUACCAAAUUUGGUACACUGAAACCGAAACCGAGUUUUGUAUUUACAGUAUGGGCAUAAAUGUAAAUACUGACGAUUUUUACUUCCAUACAGUGUAUUAUGUAAAUAUAAUGUUAAUAGCAUUUGUAAAGAGUCAUGCAUUGUUCUCCAUAAGAACAGUAGUUUACUGCUAGUAUUUUUUGUUUCUCAAAAUACUCUCUGCUAAUAAAAUGUGCUCAGUU